AUGACGGUGUUUGGUUCGGUGUGUCGUCGUGGGGGACGCAUGGGCGACGCGCGCGCGGUGGCGCGGGCGGUGGCGCCGGACGUCGCGGGGGAUAAGUACCCCAGGAGCGGGCGAAGCGCGGGGACGUCGUUCGAUGAACUCGAUCCGGAGCAUAACACCCACUUCGGGUCGAGCGAUGAGGGCAAGGGGUACGAUAUCACGCAGAUUACGGCGCCGGUGAACGCGGACAUGGAGCAGAUGCGCAUGAACCUGCGGGAUAUCAUCGGGCGGAAGAACCCGUUGCUGCUGGCGGCGGCGGAUCAAAUCUUCGGCGCCGGAGGGAAGCGUUUGCGUCCGGUGUUGGUGUUCCUCGUCGCGCGCGCGACGGCGAUUAAGAUGAACAUGAGCGAUAUUACGGAUAGACAGAGGCGAUUGGCGGAGAUCACGGAGAUGAUUCACACCGCGUCGCUCGUGCACGACGACGUGUUGGACGACUGCGACACGCGUCGCGGUAAGGAGACCAUCCACACCUUGUACGGCGCGCGCGUGGCGAUUUUGGCGGGCGAUUUCUUGUUUGCGCAAUCUUCUUGGUUUUUGGCGAAUUUGGACAACUUGGAGGUGAUCAAACUCAUCUCUCAGGUCAUCGCGGAUUUCGCGGACGGCGAAAUCUCUCAAGCUGGCGCCCUGUUCAACUGCGACAUCACGCUGGACGAGUACAUGGAGAAGAGCCACAACAAGACGGCGUCUCUGAUCGCGGCGUCGUGCAAGUCAGCGAGCGUUUUUAGUGAAUGCGAGGAAUCGGUUAAGAUCGAUAUGUACGAAUAUGGGAAACAUCUCGGGUUGGCGUUCCAAGUCGUGGAUGAUAUUUUGGACUUCACGCAGUCUGAGGAACAGUUGGGUAAACCGCAAGGGCAAGACUUGGCGAGCGGGAACCUCACUGCACCGACGAUUUUCGCACUCAAGCGAGUUCCAGAGCUGCGUGGAUUGAUCGAGAAUCAGUUUGAGAAGGAAGGAGACCUUCAACGCGCCAUCGAUAUCGUCAACGAGCACGGCAUCGCCGAGGCGAGAAAGUUGGCAAAGAGAGAGGGUGACAUCGCCCUGGCGUCUCUCAGGCAGCUGCCUGAUAGCGAUGCCAAGCGAUCCUUGGUGGGCAUGGUGGGAUACGUUCUUGAGCGAAUCUAUUGA